CAGUUACGUGCGAAACUCCGACGCAUCAAGACUUUAGUCGUUUUAAAAAUCAAUUAAAUUUGUGAUCAAAUUUAAUAUGAGUUGAUUGGAAAGUUGUCGGUUCCGUUUGUGCAUUAAGAGUGUAAAAAUUGUCGAAAAAAAUUCAAGAAAUUACUCAAAAUCGUGAAAUCUAAAAUUGUGAACCUUAACACACCCAAAAAAAAUAUCAAACAUUUCCAAACAUUGUGAAAACAGCAAUAAAAGCUAGUGAUACAAAUAUGAUUGCACAUCUAAUCGAUGUGUUUCGAAUUGUGAUAGCAUUUUUGUGACUUAAUUUGAAUUAAAUCCUUGGCAAAAUUUUACAGCCUUAGAAAAAAAUUAAAAAAAGUGUUUGUGACCAUUUUGUUUUGCGCAUAUCAACCUGCCUGUGGCUGAUAAGAAGUAAUCACUGUUUACGUUAUAUGCCAUGCGAUAUACGUUUAUUUGCAGCCUGACUUAAUCAUCGGAUAUUUAUUUAGAAAUUUUGUUCAUAUCAAUUAUUCACUUCUUUUUGUGCUUAACGCCUUUAUUUGAGUAAAAUGCAACGAACAUUGACUUUUGUGUUGCUGCACGUGCUUUUGGUGAGCACUUUUGAGUCAGAGAAUUGUCCAGGCGAUUGUCAUUGCACAAUGGAUGGAUCGCUGAUGCUUGUGGAUUGUUCGAGUUUGGAGCUGUCGGAGCUUCCAGAAUUUGAAGAUAAUCAGGUUCACAUCCUCGAUCUCUCCAAAAACCAAUUCACAGUCAUUCCAUCACAACUAGAAAAGUUUGAAUACCUUCAAUAUUUAGAUCUUUCAGAGAAUCAGAUCCAAAAACUCAAGCCAAACUCUCUAAAAGGAUUAGUGACACUUGGGAUGCUUAAUCUGUCCAAGAACAAUAUCAGCAGUUGGGCUGGUAUCAAUCCAAAGACUUUAUUGGAGCCAGCUGUGAGUUUAAGAGAAUUAAGUUUGUCUGGAAAUCCACUGACAAGUUUCUCAACGAAUGACGAAAACUUGAUGAUUGUGUCUAAAAGUUUACAGCUGCUUGACUUGAGUCAUUGUAAAAUUUCAAAAAUAAUUGGUCAGCAAGUGCUGCAGGGGAUGAAUGAACUGAAGCACUUGAUUCUGUCUGGAAAUCAAAUAAGAAGCAUUUCGGAUAUUGAAUCAGAAAGCUUGAUGACACUAGAUUUGAGUAAUAAUCGUCUGACAAGCUUGAUGCCAACUAUGUUGACUGGAUUACCUGCUCUAUCAUCUUUGAAUCUAGCUCGGAAUUACAGAUUGUCGUUAGAAAAUAAGAAUGGAGAAUUUGUUCAUUCAGUGUCUUUAAGGAAGAUCGACUUAUCAUUUUGUAACAUGGAUACUAUUGAGAUUGAUGGAUUUCCAGCACUGACAACAGCAAUAUUAAAAGGAAAUAUGCUCAGACAAUUGACUUCAGAUAGCUUUGUAAACAAUCAAAUGCUUGAAAGCCUCGACUUGUCGCAAAAUUCAAUCAAUUCUGUUGAUUCCAACACUUUUAAACUCAUGAAGAGACUCAAAACUUUAAACUUAUCCUACAACAUGAUUCCUAAAAUUGAACGUGAAGCCUUCAAAGAAAAUGAGCUUCUAGCCAAGCUUGACGUCAGUCGUAAUUACCUAAGUCGAUUCAACAGAAUCACAGCACCAUCAUUGACACAUUUGAACAUGACAUGGUGUGAAAUCAUGACAAUUGAACAUGAUGCACUGUCUGGAUUUCAGGAACUAAUUUCCCUCGAUUUAUCAAACAAUUUGAUAUCAGAACUUCCAGACUUCCUUGCAUCAAGCUCACUACAAUUCCUUGACUUAUCAAUGAACAGAAUGGUAACAGUCAGGAACUUUACAUUCGCUGGAUUUCCAGAAAUUCAAACCUUAAAGCUUGCUGGAAAUCGUUUCACAACGCCAUUCAAAAGGGAAUUGUUCUCUGAAAAUCCAUACCUGUCUUCGCUAUCGUUAGGUGAUAAUCCAUGGCAAUGCAACUGCCAAGACUUAUACAGCUUCUUUACAUUCAUCACCGAUCCACCAGCUAAAGUUUGGGAGAAGCAAUCACUAAAAUGUCAAACUCCUGAAAAUGUCGCUGGACGAACUUGGGAAAGUGCUUGCUUCUUUACUUGGUAUCCACAAUCGACAAUGGGAACAUCAGAGAAGAUAUGGACGUUCUUUAUGGUUACUGUUAUUGCAUUUUCAGGCUGUAUGUGCCUCAUAAUGUCAGUAAGAAGAGCCAUUGAAGGAAGAGCACAAACACUCAGAGAGGAAGAACGUGAAAGAAAUCUUGAGGAAGGUCGUGAAAUUAUACGCCAAAAUCGAGUGAGAAUGCAGCAAGAGGCACUACGAGAUGCACCAGAUCCGAGAGAAACAAGACCGCCAUGUUAUUCUGAUGCAAUUCGUAUGCCUCGACUUGAUGCUAGCUUUGCAUCUUUAAAUGAAUAUGGACGUGGGAAGAAUAAAGCAAGAAGGAAGGAUGUAGAGGAUGAAGAGAUUGAGGAGGAUGUUCCAUUGAGAAGGAAUCGAUGCAGAAGUGAAGAAAUUUUAUCAAUGAGAUCAACAGUCAAUGGACAAGCACUUCAACGAGUACAUCCAUUUGAAGGAGAGAUGAGAGACUCACGACAAGUGACAACAGAAUCAGCAAAUGGAAGCGAAUAUGAAGAAAUUCGGAAUUUUAAUGAACAAAGUGUGACAACCUUAAAUGAUAGAAGCCCGUAUGCUUCAAGGAGACUACCUAAUGGAGCUGUAAACAGCCAACAAAGGCGUAAUAAUAGUCAGCAGCCAAACAACAGUCAGUCUGUAAUCAGCAGCAGUCAACAAUCAACUCCAGGACCCUCAAAUCCACCAUUAGAACUGACAGAAAAUCAUUUUGAUGAAUCACCGAAACAUGACGUCACAAACAUUGUCGAACGAGAAGGCAGCAAUGAGUUUAUUACAUUUGAGAUUCGAAGACAGACAGAGUACAUCAUUCCACCAGCAAACGUAGACAAUAAUGACACAGAUGAAAGUGGGAGUCGACCUACUAGUUUUUAAAUUUAUUUUUUAUUUAUUCAGGCUUAGUUAAAUUUACUGCAAAGUGGGGAUUGUCGAUGUCUUAAAAUUGUGAUGUCUAUAGACAUGAGACAUUCAUGGAUUAUACUCUAAAUUAUUAUUAAAUCCAAAGACAUCGAGAAUUUCCAGUUUAAUCCAGUUUAAUUAGAAUUAAUUUGGAUCUUAUUUAGUCACAAUAAAGUAUAUGAUACCAUUUAGCAGCUUACGCCAUCUGUUAAUGAAUAGUCGUGGGAACUUGGA